UUCGGUGGUGUGGCAGACAUUUAUACCGGUCGUUCUUGUUUCUUCCCUUUUUCUUCUUUUCUUCUCAUUCGGUUUUUGUUUGGAUGAAUAAGCCUAAGUUCAUGAAGCGCGGUGGGAAGAUGAGCGUUUCGACCCAGAUCUGCGACCUUCCAGUUUCUUGGACUGUCCGUGUCGGGUUGAAGUUGUUUUCGCUGUGGCUGGUUCCCUGUCUGUGUUUCCCCUACGACCAGAUUAGCCCGUUGGUGUACGACGAGCAGCUGCUGUGGGUGGGAGGCAGCGCGGGGGAGGUGAACACCUACAGGAUCCCCAUCCUCACCUUCACGCCUAAGGGCAGCCUGCUGGCCUUCGCCGAGGCCCGUAAGGGCUCCUCCAACGACGUCGGGGCCAAGUUCAUCGCUGUGCGGCGCUCCACGGACAGAGGCGCCACCUGGUCCCCCACCUCUUUCGUCGUGGACGACGGCUCCCUGGCGGACGGCCUGAACCUGGGUUCGGUGGUGGUGGACGAGGAGACGGGCUCUCUGCUCCUGCUCUACUCGCUGUGCUUCCACCAUUACCGCUGCAGCCCCUCCAGCACCAUGCUGGUGGAGAGCGUGGAUGACGGGCUCUCCUGGAGUAAACCGCGCAACCUCUCCGUUCAGCUGGGCGUCAAGAGCUUCGCCCCAGGGCCGGGCUACGGAGUUCAGAAGCGCUACCCCCCGGCAGCGGGCAGGCUGGUAGUCUGUGGCCACGGCACCCUGGAGGGGGACGGCGUGUUCUGCGUGCUGAGCGACGAUCACGGGAAGACCUGGCGAUACGGCGCGGCCCUGAAGAGCAUCCCGUACAACCAGCCCAAACAGGACCUGGACUUCAAUCCUGAUGAGUGUCAGCCAGUGGAAAUGGAGGACGGCAGCAUUGUGAUCAACGUGCGCAACAACAACAAGUACCACUGCCACUGCCGCAUGGUGGUGCGCAGCUCGGACGGGGGCGAAUCCCUGCCCUUGGAGAACUUGGUGUUCGACCAGACGCUGGUGGACCCGGCCGUGGCAGCGGGGGCCCUGCAGAAGGAGGGGGUGAUGUACUUCACCAACCCCGCAAACACGCAGCACAGGGUCAACCUGACGCUGCGCUGGUCUCUGAGCAACGGCUCGUCGUGGGAAAAGGAGGCCGUGCAGAUCUGGGCCGGGCCCAGCGGCUACUCCGCCAUGACUGCGCUGAAAGGACAGCACCCGGAGGACAAGAAGUACAUCUACGUCAUCUACGAAAAGGGCCACAAGAACUACGACGAGACCAUCUCCUUCGCGAAGAUCCACCUGUUUGGAGGAAUCUAGUUUGCGAGCAGCGCCGUUGAGGAGAAAAGAGGAGGCCGGGUGUCCGCGGUCCCAGCCGCGAGGAUGGGCGGGGUGUCCGUGUGGCCCCUCGUUGGGAUGAAAAUGACUUGAAAUCUAAGCAGCAGCUGCAGUGCUGCGUCAGGAUAUUUUGCCAGUAUUAAGAGCAAUAUUCUCUUAGUUGGGUUUCUGGCUGGUUAUUAGUACAAACUCGAACUUUUUCAGUGCGAGAUGGUGGAAGAAGCCUUGGAUUCCCAGCCAAAGUGAGGAGGUUGGAAUGGAGGAGAACUGGUGGGAGAAUACGGUUCUGUCCGUCACUCGGAUCACCCGACUCUAACCCAUUUGCUUGUAGCCGUCUAUUUUUGCAGUCCUCCAGCCUUUGUUCUCACUUCUGUUUUCGAGGACGUGUGCUGUACUUAUUCUUGAAGUUGGCAGUAGCAAAGCAUUUUUUUUUUUUUUUUUAUAAAUCGUAACUAAUUUCCUUUUUUUUUUUUUUGAAUCGAUGGCCAAACGCAGCCUUGGAUGUAUGUGAAAUACACACACGAUUUCGCUCUCCGUGUUGCAAAUUUACAAGGACAGGGAUGUGGCCGUGGCCUUUCGGGCUGCGGUGGUGUGGAGGGGGUAGCGGAAGCAGUUCACCUUUGAGCGUGGCGUCAUGCUGCUUGGCCGCGCAAAUCGGGGGGGUGGAGGAGCCGCGGUCCGUUGCCUUUCGGUUUCUUCUGGGUUCCUGUCUUGGGACCCGGUCCGUUUUCUCAGAUUCUUUUUAAUACAGCGAGGGUUUGUUAAAUGAAAUUGUUGGAGGCAUGCAUAAUUAUAGAUAACAAACAUACUGAACCCACAGUUGUUUCUCAGGAAAAGCAGAGCUCUGGAAUCGAGUUGGAAAGCUUCUUGCCCUCGCUCGUUGCAAACGGCAAGGGUGGUUACCGUUCUGCUGCCAUCUCCACUCAGGUUUACAGUCUACGUGACUGCGUGCGGACUUGCAAACUCUCACCUUUUUUGAGAGAUGUUUAGUAAACAGAACUUGCGCAUGUGUUCGCAUCAUGUGCCAAAACACCUGAUUCGCUGUCUGAUGCUGAGCACAUAAACACUGCUUUGUUUGUCAACACUCUGCUCUUACUUGGCCUUCUCUUUAUUGUAUGUUCCGAUUUGCAACAGGUCAUCGCUACCCAGUGCCGGGAGCCAGAAUGCUCCGGAAUGUGCCGGAGCCUGCCAGGCUGCUCUCCGCGAGCUGCUCUGUUCCCAUCCGAACGAGAGGUGUCAUAUUUCUGACACAUACAUUACAUUGAUUCAUUUAGCAGAAACUUUUCUCGAGCAACGUACAGCUGGGUAACCAAAAUGCAUUUUGGAAGCGGAGAGAAAUAUAUACACUGAUCAUCAAAAUUAUAAUGUACUUUUUGAGUAACCAACUGUUGGUCUUGCGUUUAAGAAUGGGACCCACUGUAUAUUAUAAAUAGCUGGCCAUGUGUGAAAUAAUUUUUAAAGACUGCCUUUUUUUUUUUCCCCCAUUAAGAUAUUUUGGGGUACAUGUAGCAAUAACAGCAAUAAUGUUUAUACAAGUUUUGUGCGAUUGUUUCCUCAAAGUAUGUGGUUUGAAUAAUUUGUGAAACAUUGUUCCCUUUACUGUAAAUGAUUGUUUUGAUGGACCAACUUGAUUUAUGAUUUUACAUUUGACUGCAUCUUCAUAGCCACAGACGAAGAAAAUAAAAUCUUGCAAAGCAGUUAUACAAAUUAUGGAAUCUGACUGUAGAUAUUUCAGAGUUUUACGUGAGCUUCUGCUCAUAAUGGUUCUGCAGGUUGAGCAAAGGGAAGGUGGAGGGGUUUAACUUUCAGUUGUUCCAGUUGACUGACAACUGAAGUACUAUACAUCCUAAAAUUCCAAUAAAAGUAACAUUUGGAAAUAUAUGCUCCGUGGUCACGGGGCCUCCCCUUACAGAAGAAUGGACAUUGAUAUACCCUAUUAUGAGCUGUUAAUUUCAUACUUUGCAAUAAUUAUUUUAGACUCCAUGUAAAUAAGAAGUUUAGA